AUGGUGGGAGGUAAGUGGCGGUUCCUAGAAGUAGCAGUCGUAGUAAUGGUGUUGCAGUGGUCGUGCGAUUAUAAUGGUAAUUUAGCUGAAGGAUUUCCAGUACAAGAUCUUGUGACAAAGCUGCCUGGACAACCUGAAGUGGCAUUCAGACAAUUUGCGGGCUAUGUCGAUAUCGAUGUCAAAGCUGGUCGGAGUCUCUUUUAUUACUUCGUCGAAGCUGAGAAGCAACCCCACUCUAAACCGUUAACUCUUUGGCUCAAUGGAGGACCAGGCUGUUCUUCCAUAGGAGGAGGAGCUUUCACAGAGUUGGGCCCAUUUUACCCCACCGGAGAUGCUCGUGGCCUCCGCAGAAAUCCCAAAUCUUGGAACAAAGCCUCAAAUCUAUUGUUUGUGGAUUCACCUGCUGGAGUAGGAUGGUCUUAUUCUAACACAACUUCUGAUUACACCACUGGCGAUGAAUCCACCGCCAAGGAUAUGUUGGUGUUCAUGUUAAGAUGGUUAGAAAAAUUUCCACAAUUCAAGACUCGAAACCUAUUUCUCGCGGGCGAAAGCUACGCAGGACACUAUGUACCUCAACUAGCCGAUGUGAUACUCGAAUACAACGCACAACGGUCAAAUAGAUUCAAGUUCAAUCUCAAAGGGAUUGCAAUUGGAAAUCCGCUUUUGAAGCUUGACCGCGAUGUUCCAGCGAUAUAUGAGUUCUUCUGGUCACACGGGAUGAUCUCUGAUGAACUUGGCCUCACUAUCAUGAACCAAUGCGACUUUGAAGAUUACACAUUCACAGAUUCACACAACAUAAGCAAACUUUGCGAAGCUGCAGUGAAUCAAGCUGGAACCAUCAUCACUCAAUAUGUUAAUUACUACGACAUUCUCCUCGAUGUAUGCUACCCGUCUCUCUUCGAGCAAGAGCUUAGGCUCAAGAAAAUGGGUACAAGGAUGAGUUUUGGGGUGGACGUGUGCAUGAGCUUUGAAGAGCAAUUGUAUUUAAAUCUUCCUGAGGUUCAAAAGGCUCUCCAUGCUAACCGAACUAAACUACCGUAUGAAUGGUCUAUGUGCAGCAGCCUCUUGAACUACAAAUACACUGACGGGAACGCCAACAUGCUUCCAAUUCUUAAAAGAAUCGUGAAGAGCAAAGUCCCUGUUUGGGUCUUCAGUGGAGAUGAAGAUUCUGUAAUUCCACUUCUUGGUUCAAGAACUUUGGUAAAAGAACUUGCAGAUGAUCUCAACUUCAAUACCACAGUUCCUUAUGGAGCUUGGUUCGACAAAGGACAGGUUGGCGGAUGGGUAGUAGAGUAUGGGAAUCUACUGACAUUCGCAACGGUGAGAGGAGCGGCUCAUAUGGUGCCGUACUCGCAGCCUUCACGAGCUUUACAUUUGUUCACCAGCUUUGUGCUUGGCCGGAAAUUGCCACACAAGUCGCCUCCUGCUCUUCAUGAUUGA